AGUUCAACCACAGCAGACAUACACGUCAAGAAGAGAAGGCCCACCACCAAACUCUCCCGCCUACGAAUCUCGCACUUGCUCUUCAUUCUAUUUCUCCUUCCCCUGCGCGCAGCGCAUUUCGCUGGGGGAAAAAACUAUUCUUGUCCUCGCGGAGCCGCAUCCACCCGCGUGUAGGGGCCAGCAGUUCUCUUCGGCACGGACAUCAAAAAAAGUAUUAUUAAAAAAAAUAAAAAACGUUUGUGUGACCGCAUUGUGCAUUGCAUAACUAUUAUUUCCUCUCCACUAUUUCAGGUAGGUGGAGAUUCAAUAUCCGCCGGAAAGGACGCAGCAUUUCGUGUGUUUUUUUCCUUGUAUUUUUUUCAUUUACGCAUAAACGAAAUAAAGUGUUCCCGUUUUUUUCUUUCCUUCCUUGUCGUCUUCUGUUUGCUGGAACGGCUGCAAAACCGACGCGUCGCACAUAUACGUAUAUUAUUAUUUAUAUAUAUUUCGCGGUGCGCCUUCUAUUGUCUUUCUAUCUUUUCUCAUUUUUGCACUGUGCUAGUUUGGUUUUUGCACGACCAUUCUUUUUGUUUCUUAUUGUUAUUAAGGUCGCAGUAUUUUGUACUGUUUUCUCUCCCCCUUCCCGGCUACGUUCGUUGGGCACGACUGCGGAGGCACGCGAAACAAAGCGAUUCGCGCUUUACAUCGGUGUACUGUUUGUGUUGUGAGAGUGCGUGUGCGCGUGUGUGUGAUACGUCCUUUGCCAGAGAAAUAGAGGUACAGACGCAAUGGUCGCCCCUAGGACAUCGUCCCCCAAGGGCCCUGUCCCGAAUGUGUACGAGGUGCAAACCGGCUUCCAGGACUUGAUCAAAUCCGGCGAUAAGCUCCAACUGGCGCAGCUCACGGCGGCGCAGGAGCACCUCAGCGACGUCGUACGCGAGCACACGCAGACGCUGCUGUACAUGGAGACCCACGGACACCCCGAUGGCGAGGUGGACGACGGAACGGAGCAGGCGCCGUGGUGUGUGCUCUCCUUUCGCGCCGUCUACGACAACGCGUGUGCGUCGGUGCAGGGCAGCAUUGUCGCUCUCUCCGCCCCGCAGCUCGGCGCACGCGAGGCGGACACCCAACUCACCAUCCACUUUCUAGAGGCCGUGGAUGUGCUCCUGCAGGCGCUUGGAUGGGUGCUGGAACCCGCAAGCCCAACGCUGAAUACCGCGGACACAAUGUCAAACCUUCAACAUCGCCUCCACGAGGUGUCUGCAGAGGCUAUCAAAAGCGUCUCCUCCGAUGCACUGACGAGCGACGACAAUAAGGAGAGGGCGGGCAAAGUGGAUGACUGGCUGACUCUGGCGCACGUCGCGCUGUUCGAUCUUUCCAGUUUUGCCAGCAAGACCUACCCGAACGGGGCUUGGUUCGCCAACCGCAACCGCCGUGCUGCGGUGCGGAGCCGAUGCACGCCGUACCCGACCGACAUCGACGAGACGCCCUUCAAGGCGUUGGUGCUGGCCUCCCGCAGCGUCGAGGACGACGAUGUGACGCUGUUGUCGGAGGCGUUGCUGCGUGGGGCACAGGCCCACACCCAGUGCCUGGCGGCGGUGCGCUCCACGGAGGAACGACCGACCGACCCGGCGGCCCUCGCACAGCUCUUCGCGCCGCUCAACAACGCGAUAAAUGAUCUCAGCUCCACCUGCGAGGAUGUGAUCAGUCGGCGCGAGGACGACCGCCCACACGCGCACGCGGUGCUAGAAGCCGGCAACAUCUUCACAUGGCUCACGACGACGCAGGAACCGUGUGUGGUGGUGGAGGAGGCGUGUGGGAGUGCCAACACCUACCUCGGCAAAAUCAUCGCGCGCGGCAAAGUGCUCCUGCUGCAGCAAGACAUGGGCGCCGCGGCUGACCGGCCCGAUUUGACCAAAGCGACGGUGACGUGGGCCUCGAUGCUGCGAGACGUACUGCAGCGGGUGAUGUUGAUGGUGGUGUACCGCUACCCGCGGCGCGUGCCGUGGGGGGAGAUGAUGGAGGCGUCGAUGGCACGCAAGAAACCGCAGCCACCGUCGGAGCCGCGUAACGGGAGUCGAGAAGGGUCACAACAUCAUCAUCAGCCGCUCUGGCGUCGUGGUGCAUCGGUGGCUGCGCGUGGGGCCCCUCCCGCGGCCUCGUCUCCUCCAUCCUCUGUUCCCCCACCGCCGUCAGCAGCAGCAGAAGAAAACACCGCCUCGGCGCAUGCGCCUCCUCCUGCGGCUGACCCCGACGCCACGUCCCCCAGCUGUGUCUUCGACGCGGACAGCAAGACGUGGACGGUGCAGUACUACCACCGGCCCCUCAUCUCCGCCGGCUCCGGUGAGGAGGCGGAGCCGCUGUACAUCGCGCUGCCCGAGGCGGAGGUGCAGCCGAACCACUCGGUCCACCUUCAUCACUGCUUUCACGCAUACGUGGUGGUGCCGCAGAAGGUGCGGGGGGUAACGGUGGAGCAGUGUGAGCACACGCGGCUGCAGCUAGCGGGUGUGACGGGUCCGGUGCGCCUGCGGGAGUCGGUUAAGCAGGGGCUCCUCAUUCAAGAGUCGGCACCGAGCGUGUACGCGACGCGGGUGCGAGGGCUGACGAUUUACCUCGCCGGGUCUCACGCGACGGAGAUCAUUACGAGGCUGACGACCGAUGUGAACGUGAAUGUGAGCGUGGAGACGGCAGAGGGCGACCAAGACACGCAAGAGUUGGCCCUGCCAGCGCAGUUCAUCACGAUAAUUGGUGACGCGGACACCCUCCGCACGAAGGAGGUCACCUAUUCUGGCUAA